GCCGCUAGUCGGUAAAUGAGGGGAUUGAAUGAAACGGUUUGGUGUGUGGGCGUUGUGAACCAUCAAGUUUGAAAGUUAAAUGCAAUCCUUAGCGAUGGCCGAUGAGACAAAUUAUUCUUUCUCGAGUUUGAAAAUGGAUCUUCGCAGGUACUCUUUCUCCCUAGCCAUUUCUUCUUCUUCUUCUUCUUUUUGUUUUUUUCUCUCAUUUCCAAUUUCAUAGUAUGUGCUCGUGCCAAUUCCGCCGAUGAACGCAAGUUGCUUCAAGAUUGCUUUCAAGCUAUAAUGACCGGUUUUAACCAAAUUGUUGCUCAUCACUCAGAUGUUGCAUCUUUUAAUGAUCAAGAACUAGAUGCAUACAUGGAUCGUUUGAGAGAUGAGAUGAGGAAGACGGAGGCUGAAAUUGCUUCCCUAUCUGAUGAAAUUGAUAGUCUUAGAAGAUUGUAUGUUGAAGGUUCUUGUCAUUUGGAAGCUAAUCUUGAGUCAUUGCGAAAUGUUGUGGAGAAGGCUGAAUUGGAGGGACUAGGACAAGCAGAAACAGGCGAUGUUUUUAACUCUAGGCAAGAAGUGAAGCCAUCUCAUGAUGACUACUUUGAGGUCUUUAAGCUGAAUACCAAAUUGAGAAGAACAAUAGGACAUUAAAGUCUUUUCAAAAUCUAGACCUCAACUUGAAUGAGGAUUGAGGCUUUAGAAAACAUUGAAGAAGCAUUAACUGGUUUGAAGGUGAUUGACUUUGAAGGAAAUAUAAUUAGGGUGUCAUUGAGAACAUAUAUUCCAGUUGUUGAAGGUGUCAUGUGCCAACUGAGUGUUGAAGAUGAUAAUAUCAAGCUGUCUGAAGUUAACCAUGAGUUGUUAAUGGAGCUCAUAGAUGGAACCAUGGAGCUUAAGAAUGUUGAGGUACAACUGGACAAAACUUUUUUAUAAUUACAAUCCCAAGUGAUCUGAUAUUGCUGGAGUGAAAAGAUAACUAUCCCUGAUUAAGGCUUUGUUGAUUAUCAGAAACAUACUUUUUAUAUCUUUUUGGGCUAGGUGCUAAACUUGUAUAAAUAUUGUCUUUGUAGAAACCAUACUCUAGCUAUCCAUUAUUCAGGCACGUACUUCUCUAUGAUGGUUGUUAUGCAUUAAUUAGAAGAAAAAUCUUUUUGUGAAAUAAUUUACUACAAUGUCGGGAGAUCUUUGUCUUAGUUUCAAAAGUGCGCCUCGAGCUCAGGCUCAAAAUGCCUCGACAGGUGAGGUAAAGGCCACUACAAGAGGCAUGCACCUUGGUGCGCCAAGAUGCAAUGUGUGCUAAACUAGUGUUUAUGCAAUGAUAAUGAAUGUCAAAGCUUUUUAGCGAAAAAGUGUGCUCACUUACAAAGAGCUCUAGCCUUCGGUCUGCGCUUUACGCCUAGGCUCUAAGGACCUUUUGCACCUCGGUGCCCCUCACGCUUUCUAAAACUAAGAUCCUUGUGUCUAUAAGGCAUGUGCCAGUCUUGGUUGUUAGCAUCGAGUGCACUAUGAUACGAACAUGAUUACACCUCUUCCCGGCUUACCUGCAUACUUAGAAUUUAGAAGCUCUUAUUUGGAUAGCUAGGAAAGAUGAAUCAGCAUCCAAGAUAAUUUGCCAACUCAAAGUUCAAAUGUAUCUAGAUUUCCUGAUUAGUGUUAUUAUUAAUAACUCAUGGAAAGAAACGUGAAAAAUAGAAAUUUGUCAGCACAUUCUGAGGUUGGUACUUAUAUUAAAAGAGACUGGGAAGGGGGGCAGUGAACUUUUUCCUGGCUUUAAAAUACCUUUCCAGCCUAUGUUCUGGGUUUGAGGGGCAGCUGGAGCAUAUGAUGUGCUGGUAUGACAUAGUGACAUGUUCCUGGGCGUUUGCUGAUAUUGGCCCACAAUAUCUUCGGAUAUAAAGUUUUUUAAGUCAGAAUUUGAGAUAAAAUGUGAUGUUAUUAUAUGGAGAAUCAGACACUAGGAAAAUGGUGCCUCAAAGCCGAUCACCAAUACACAACUUUUUAUCACUAUAGCUCAUCAGCAUCCUUUGAAAGAUGUGCCACAUUGUUCUAUCUCUAAAACAUAACUGAAAGGAUUUAAGUUCAAACAAAGGAGUAAUCUUGACACUCUUCCACACAGAUUUUUUGUUUUUAGUUUGUUUCUUUAGCUACCUAUGGGGUCCUGUAUACAAGUUCUCUGUGGUUGGUAUGUCGAUUCAAUUGUGGGCCCUUUUUUUGACUGGAACGGUGGAACCUAAUACAAUUAUGAGUAGAAAAUGGGAUGCUUUAUUAUAGAUGUUAGAUUAUAUGUGUUUUUUAAUGAAUCUCUAAGGAAAUAUUAUGUCAUUAACCUGUGUAUUUGAAAUUUGUGUAUGCAGUACAAGGAUGGUAUUUAUAUAUGUGAUGAUUUAAGUCUAAAUAGAAAUUAUAUAGAUAGAAAAUGAUUUUAGUUGCUUUAAGUAAUGUAAGCAUCCAUAUUAUUUUCUUCUUUCUUUCUUCACGUCACAGCUUCACGCCUUUGUCUGUAACUCAUUCAUGCUAAUAUUGGUAUGGUUUUACAUUAAUCUAUAAGUAUUAUAUUUUUGUUCCCCUCUGUAGUCUACAUGUUGAAUUGACUGAAAUUGACGCACUGGAUUUUUUAUUUUAAUCUAACAAUGUCUGCAGAUUUUUCCUAAUGACGUAUUCAUGACAAAAAUUGUUGAAGCUGCAAAGAUCUUCAGGUUUAUGGUCCAUUGUCCUUUUCUAGUUCUAUGAUUUUAUACUCUGCCUUGUAGCAUUUUAUACUGCCUUGUUUCAUUAUUUCAAGAACUCAUAGCUCUAUCAUUUUAUACUCUGCCUUGUAGAUAGGAGCACCGUUUUUUCUUUGUUUGACCCUUUUCGUUUGUCUUUGUGCCAGCAAGCUAUUUUCAGUGUUGUUGCUACCUCAGACAAGAACCUUCUUGGGAUGGUUUUUGCAGAAAGUCCAAGAUAGAAUUGUCAUGUGCACAGUAAGACAUAUUAUGGUGAAAAUUGCUAAUAAAUCAAGGUAUUCAUUUGAGUAUUUUG